UGUCAAGAAACUGCUAGGAAUUUUUCUGUAUGAUUAAGAUUAAUUCCUAUUUCCUAGCAUUAAAAAUGCUGUAUCAACAAAUAAUUCAGUUAUCGGACACGAUAAGCUUUGUUUAUAUUUAAAGCGGUGUUAAGAUAAUAACUUGAAUGAGUUCGUUGCAGAAUAAAUGCCAAUUUGAUUGAAAAAUCAAUAUAUUGAUACUUUCCUUCAGGAGGCAUAUGGUGAAAAGUUUAGUGAAUGUGAAUAAAAAUGUUUUCGGCAAUUAAAAGAUUAACCAGUAAAGGAGACGGUCCUUCAAGUAACAAUGUCGGUUCUAAAAGUCCAAAUGUUCAAGCAAUGUCUUCAUCAUUGCAAAGAAAAUUUGCAAAAGGGAUUCAAUAUAACAUGAAAAUUGUGAUCAAAGGAGACAGGAAUGUAGGAAAAACUUGUCUAUUUUAUAGACUUCAAGGGAAGAAAUUUGUGGAGGAAUAUAUACCUACCGAUGAAAUUCAAGUUGCUUCAAUCCAGUGGAAUUAUAAAGCAACAGAUGAUAUUGUUAAAGUAGAAGUGUGGGAUGUUGUGGAUAGAGGAAAGAAGAAAAAGCAUUUUGAUGGAUUAAAAUUAGAAAAUUCACAGCUUGAAAUGCCGGAGGAGGCAGCUUUAGAUGCGGAGUUCUUGGAUGUUUACAAAGGAACGAAUGGUGUGAUAAUAAUGUUGGACUUAACGAAAAGUUGGACAUUUGAUUAUGUUCAAAGGGAACUACCAAAGAUUCCAAGUCACAUUCCUGUUAUCAUACUAUCAAAUCAUUGCGAUAUGUCUCAUCAUAGAACUGUUACAGCUGAUCAUAUAAAUUUUUAUAUAGAGUCGAUUGCUGGUACCAGAUCAGCCCAAGUUAGACAUACAGAAUCGUCAAUGCGCAAUGGGUUUGGCCUAAAAUUUCUGCAUAAAUUCUUCAACUUACCUUUUUUGCAAUUACAAAAAGAAUCUUAUUUAAGGCAGAUUGAAAGAAACACGCAAGAAACAAAUGCAACGAUUCAGGAGCUGGAUAUGUUUGCUGAUUCAGAUGAGGCGAAUUAUGCAAAGUUUCUGGAUAAUUUAGUGAAAAAGAGGAGGGAAAUAGCCGACUCAAACGCCAACAUUCCUCCGUCGCCAGUUGUUGAAAAGACGGGUGUGAUUGACAUGAAAAGAUCUCAGAGUUGCUCCAUUGUCCUAGGUGCAGGCAAACCUAUUCCCUACGGCAACGUACCUCAGACCUCCGCCAAACCUUCGUCAACCUCUCAAGUGGCCAAAAGCAUCAGCAUGAACGCGUUCGGACUGACCGCCAAGUCUCCGUUAGAAGGAGACGUUGCCGAUGGGUUGCUAGAUGUCAAAAGACAGGAGGGUAACGCCAUCGCGUCCGUGGAGGAGUUCUGUCCGGACGGAGGACAUUUGGGAGGGUUUUUGGACGACGUGCAGUUUAGUAGCAAUCAGGGGCCGUCCAGGAUUGUGGAGAAUGAGGAAUCAGAUUCCGAUACGGAUACUGGUAAUCCUCUAGUGUCAGAACUACAGGAAGAUUUUGAACCGGAUGAAGUAUCGCUGUCCAAGCCUUCCAGGAUCGUUAGGAGACCCGAGACUGUUUAUUCAGCUCCGGCCAGGGUUGUCAAAUCGGAAGGGAGUAGCGAUCACGAGGUUGAGAAAACUAUUCCUGAGGAUUACGACAUGAAGCAGACGAACGACGAAUUCGAUUCAACAAUCAACUCGGAAAUAUCGGAACUUACUUCUGAUGUAUACGAUGCCUGGAUAGGCACAGACACUAAAUGGCGCAGAUCUCCCGAAGGUGGCGAGGAUAACUCAAUGGUUAGCCAAACGUUCGAUUACAGCAACAACAGCGCUAUCUACGAUGACAGUACAUCGGUAACUUCGUCGAACGUGCACAUGGAGCUGUUAACGUCGAAAAAGACACCCAGUUCCAGCAACAUCAGUGUUCAAAGCGAGAGCGAAGACACUCAAACUUCGAGUUCAGUGAAGAAGGAGAAGAAACACAAAGAAAAGACUGAGAAAAAGGAAAAACACAAGAAGAAAAAAUCGAAAGACAAAGACAAGGAUAAAGAAAAAUCAGAAAAGAAACACAGGCGAAAAUCCAGAGGAGAUCCCUCCCAUAGAGACGAAUUGGAAGAAUUUCUCAAUGGGAGUAACAGUCCUCCUAUUGACACUGCCUACGAAGCGAUAUAGCGGACUGUAAAGAAUCUCAGGUGGAAUUUAACGCUUUUAGAAAUAUUUUGUCCCCAUUAAAUUGGGCUACAUUAACUUUG